UGCAUUUUGGCCACGCUUAAUGGACGGGGCAGAACCAGGGCGGCGCGAGUCAAUCAGUGCCCCCACCCCUGGUGCAUCGCUUCAGCAGAACGCCCGCUUGGUGGCUCGAUCGUGGAACUUUCGAGCGAAGCAGAGGCACAAGUACAGUACCACAAACCUCGACAGGCCUCUUACCGAAGGCGACACACCAUACAACUACGAUUCAACUUUCACCCAAAAUUCUCCGAAGAGUGGUUUACCUACCGCCAGUAAUGGUCGGCGACUGUCGCGGCCCCGGCGAAGCGAUGUGGCUGUCUUCCCUAUGACCGAUAUCGACCAGACCUACGACCAACUCUUCCAGCGGGAAGUGGUCCAGAUACCUCCACGCUUGGAAUUAGCGUCGCAAGCUGAAAACUUGAACAAACUCAUCCAACGCGCGGAUGCCGCGUCGACGUAUUCCUUUAGCCGGUCGCUCCAACUCACAGACGACGCCAGCCAGCCAGUCGUCCGUCAAGUCCGACGCCACACCAGUCUAGCCAAACUCUUGUCCAAUGAACCAUUGCCACCUGCCGAUGCCGUUGUAGACGAGGCCGUGGAGCCCCAAUUGGAAGUCGACACGCAAAACCAGACGCACAAAUUGGCCAAGUUUCGAUGUCUCAUGAACCGAGACGUGACGUUUGUGCAUGCCCUGCCCCACGGGAGCAACCAUCUGCUCAACUCGCUCGUGACAGAAGCCUCCAACUCGUUCUCGAACGGUCGCUACAGCGAAUGCAUGCUGCAGUUGAAAAAGUGCUGCAUCUUGAACACCGACGCCGCGAACCGCCCGACGUUGUUCUUCAACCAAGCAGUCGUGUUAGCCCACGCCGGGGACUUCGCACGGGCCAUGGCAGACCUGAACGAAGCCAUCAAGUUGGACCCGGAAGUGUUUCGCUAUUACAAGCUUCGGAGUGUGUUGUGGCGCGUGCAGGAAAGGUAUAUUGAAGCGUCUAAGGAUUCGAAGCGGGCCGUGAGCAUUGAACACAACCAGGCAGGGCACAAACAUGCGCAUCAGGUGACCCGCAAGGCACUCAAAGCCAUCGCGAUCGUCAACACCACCACCACCCAUCACGUCAAGACGUCCAAGGGCGUCUUUGAAGACGCAUACGAAACCCCUCCCAGUAGUCGAAGCCUAGCCCAAGUGGACAUUCUCAUUGACCAGUCCAGCCGCAUUCCAUCUUUAGCCAAGCUGCAGCACGACAUUUUGCAUGCGUUGUGGCGGAAUUUACUCUUUGUCGCGUGGCCUGCCGAAACCACCGUGCAUGUGUGCAAGUCCACCGUCAGCAUGUACAUCGUGCUGGAAGGCACCGUGACCGUGCAAACCGACCUACAUGGAGCCAAACAAAUCCAACAGGCGCUCGUCCCUGGCAGCAUCUUCAGCGAAGCCACCAUCUCGACCAACUUGUGGCCCCACACCACCCUCGAAGCCAUGACGGCGUGUCGCGUGUUGACGCUCGAGCACACUGUGUACAAGCACACGAUGAAGAAAGUUAUGAUGGAGGGCGCGUUCGCGAGGGCGCUGUUCUUCACGACCACGGGCAUCUUUGCCGAGUGGACCGACGAGCAGCGAAACACCCUCGGCGUGUUGUCGGAGAAUUUAUACUACAACGCCGGCGACGUUGUGGUCACGGAAGGUCCGACCGUACCGAGAAACUCGCAGUUGCGAAAACCAAUUCAAAGUACAUACUGUAUGCGAAAUCUGGGAUGUAUCUAUUAGGGGCCCCAGCCCUCCAUUUGUACUUUGUCCAGUCGGGGUUGUGCGGGGCCGUGCGUCUCUUGGGGGCCCACCAACCGACUCACAUUCAAGUGGCGACGUUGUCCACCGGCGAUAUCUUUGGCGAAGCCGCAGUGUUGGACCCGAUCAACGGGUCGUUUCAGUUUACGAUCGUCGCCAACACGAUUUGCAAGAUCAUUCGCAUCGAAAAAAACUACUUGAACAAAAAGAACGGGUUUGAACUGCUGCGCCUGGGCACAAUCACGAAACGCAUCUUGACCAAAAUCCAGCAGUUCUCAGUGCGCUGUCCCCAAGACAAACUCCUCGUGCAAAUGAUAAGAGACAACUGUUCGUGGAAACUCGAGCGCAAAAAAGUGCUCAACGCGUUUGCUAAAGACAUGUCCAAGGCCUGUGGAAAGUUGCCACGAGUGCGGAGCGAGCCCCAGCUGCCGAAAGGGCACAAAUUGCAAUUCUCGUAGUACGGCAUCCAAAAACCGAACAAAUAUUGUUGACAUGGUAAUUUAGACGCAACUAGUUCCUAUUAUAAUUAGGGCUACUAAUUUUACUAAUUUUGAGGAAAAAAAGUCAUGUCAACUUUUCAAACCA